CUAUUUUUACGCGUGGACACCGGACACCAGGCUGGGGCGGCGGCGGCGGCGGCGGCCGAGGCGGGGCCGGGCCGGGUCGGGCGUCGGGGCCACACGUCCGUCCGCGGGUCGCCGAGGCUGCGCGCACCAUGGAACCCGGGUGCCCGCAGCCGUGCGGCUGCUGCGAGCGAGUGGUGCUCAACGUGGCUGGGCUGCGCUUCGAGACCCGGGCGCGCACGCUGGGCCGCUUCCCGGACACGCUGCUCGGGGACCCGGUACGCCGCAGACGUUUCUACGACGGCGCGCGCCGCGAGUACUUCUUCGACCGGCACCGGCCCAGCUUCGACGCGGUGCUCUAUUACUACCAGUCGGGCGGGCGCCUGCGGCGGCCGGCGCACGUGCCGCUCGACGUCUUCCUGGAGGAGGUGGCCUUCUACGGGCUAGGCGCCGCAGCGCUAGCGCGCCUGCGCGAGGAGGAGGGCUGCCCCUUGCCAUCGGAGCGCCCCCUGCCCCGCCGCGCCUUCGCGCGCCAGCUCUGGCUGCUCUUCGAGUUCCCCGAGAGCUCGCAGGCCGCGCGCGUGCUCGCCGUUGUCUCAGUGCUCGUCAUCCUCGUCUCCAUCGUCGUCUUCUGCCUCGAGACGCUGCCCGACUUCCGCGACGACCGCGACAACUCGGGGCUCGCCGCGGUGGCUGCAGCUGGCCCGUUUCCGGCUCGGCUGAACGGCUCCAGCCCAGUGCCUGGACCCCCACCUCGCUUGCCCUUCGAUGACCCGUUCUUUGUGGUGGAGACAUUGUGCAUCUGUUGGUUCUCCUUCGAGCUGCUGGUGCGCCUGGCAGCCUGCCCAAGCAAGACAGCCUUCUUCAAGAACGUGAUGAACCUCAUCGAUUUCGUGGCCAUCCUGCCUUACUUUGUGGCACUGGGUACCGAGCUGGCCCGGCAGCGGGGGGUGGGCCAGCCAGCCAUGUCACUGGCCAUCCUGCGAGUCAUCCGACUGGUACGCGUCUUCCGCAUCUUCAAGCUGUCCCGGCACUCAAAGGGCCUGCAGAUCUUGGGCCAGACCUUAAGAGCCUCCAUGCGAGAGCUGGGCCUCCUCAUCUUCUUCCUUUUCAUUGGUGUGGUCCUCUUCUCCAGCGCAGUCUACUUUGCUGAGGCCGACCGGGCAGACUCCCAUUUCACCAGCAUCCCUGAGUCCUUCUGGUGGGCAGUGGUCACUAUGACCACAGUUGGCUAUGGAGACAUGGCGCCCGUCACUGUGGGCGGCAAGAUAGUGGGCUCUCUGUGCGCCAUUGCCGGCGUGCUGACCAUUUCCCUACCUGUGCCAGUCAUUGUCUCCAACUUCAGCUACUUUUACCACCGGGAGACAGAUGACGAAGAGGCUGGGAUGUACAGCCACGUGGACACGCAGCCCUGUUGCCCACUGGAGGGCAAGGUCAAUGGGGGGUUUGUGGAUCGAGAGGUUCCUGAGCUCCCACCUCCACUCCUCUGGGCUCCCCCUGGGAAACACAUGGUCACCGAAGUGUGAGGACAGUUGAGGUCUGCAGAACCUCACAUUUCCUUGGAGGGAGGGAGGGAGGGAAGGGAGGAAGGAAAGUUGGGGGGAGGGUGUUGGGUUUAGGAAGAGCUAAGUUAAGUGGUAAUGAGUUGGGGAACACUAAGUCUUAUUGGGUCUUGAGUUGUGGAUUGGUAGCUCCUGUGGGUACCUCCU